ACGUUAUCCUGCCGCAUCUUGUCUCCUGUUUUACAGGUUGGUACUAUUAACAAACACACAAUGUCACAAAAUAGUAAUUGGACAAGGUUAGCUAAAUGUAGACGAGUCUGUAUAUGAGUUGUGAAGUGUGUACUGGUUAAUAUAACCGAGUAGAACAAGGCUUCGUUUUCCGGACUUGUAGGCGAGUUGUUGCGAAAGUGGGUGGGGGAGGAGACUGGCGUCAAGUAGAAACACAAUGUCGAGGGCUGGAAAUGAAAUGGAAAUGAGUGAGGACGAGUUACGUGAAGUGGGAGGUGUAGUGAGCAGCUCGGGAACCGGAGCCUCACAUAAACGGACAUGUUAAAGAAGUAUCUGGUCCAGUAGGAGGGACAUUUUUGGAGAGCAAGAUCCUGGCCUUUUUGGCGGGUCCAUUUGUAGUUUCAGUGUGGGUGUAAAAUGAGUUGAGUCGGUGAAGGUAAUCUGUAGUGGGCUUGUGAUGUGUUCUUCUUCCGCCUUGGUGUUCUUCUUCCGCCUUGGUGUUCUUCUUCCGCCUUGGUGUUCUUCUUCCGCCCCCCCCAUCUUGUUGUGAUGUAGGCAGGGUGGAGUGAAUGGUGAGACAAAAGAGUCAGUAGCUCUAUUCGGACGCGAUAAUCUAUCCAUGAUAAUAUGAAACAGGUUCAGGGAUAAAAGUGUGUUUGAUUAAAUGUUCCUAAACAAAGAGGAAGACAUAAUACCAACUGUGGUCCCCAUUCAAAUCACAUUGGACCAAUCAUGACAAGUGAAAACUAGUCAGUUCCAGAGCGGUCCAUUGUCAGAGCGGUCCAUCGUCAGAGCGGUCCAUUGUCAGAGCGGUCCAUUGUCAGAGCGGUCCAUUGUCAGAGCGGUCCAUUGUCAGAGCGGUCCAUUGUCAGAGCGGUCCAUUGUCAGAGCGGUCCAUUGUCAGAGCGGUCCAUUGUCAGAGCGGUCCAUUGUCAGAGCGGUCCAUUGUCAGAGCGGUCCAUUGUCAGAGCGGUCCAUUGUCAGAGCGGUCCAUCGUCAGAGCGGUCCAUCGUCAGAGCGGUCCAUCGUCAGAGCGGUCCAUCGUCAGAGCGGUCCAUCGUCAGAGCGGUCCAUCGCCAGAGCGGUCCAUCGUCAGAGCGGUCCAUCGUCAGAGCGGUCCAUCGUCAGAGCGGUCCAUCGUCAGAGCGGUCCAUCGUCAGAGCGGUCCAUCGUCAGAGCGGUCCAUCGUCAGAGCGGUCCAUCGUCAGAGCGGUCCAUCGUCAGAGCGGUCCAUCGCCAGAGCGGUCCAUCGCCAGAGCGGUCCAUUGUCAGAUCAAAUGGCUUCAAAUAACAAAAAGAUGAAAAUGUCUGAACCUCAUAAUACCAAGGAAGAACACUGUCACCGAUUGUCCUUUUCUAGCGGAGACUCAGGCCGAACAGAUAAAGGGGAAAUCACCUGUACCGAACCUGGCAACAUAAUAGAAGUUCUCAGAAGAAAUGAGAUCUUCUGUAAAUUAAUGAAAAAGGUGAAGGGGAGAGAAGUUGUCAUUGUGAAUGAAAAAGGGGCCAUAGCGGAGCACUUUCCAUGUUGCUUAAUUAAGAAAGAUGAGCUCCUCGUUAUAUUCACUUUCCCUAAAUCUAAAACACCGGCCAUAGAUGAGAAAAGGGAACUUGCACAGGGAAAAGAGCAACAGCAAAAAUCCUCAUUUGUCACUUUCUGUGUUGGGGUAACAGGUGGGAAAAAUAUCACAAGCAAGGAGGUACUUAAACACCCAAAACAUAAGCAUUUUAGCCCUCUGUGUAUCUAUGCAAAAUGUGGGGAUACAGUCAAGUCAGCUCUGGAAGCAGAUGGGCGUUUCUCAGACAUAGUGUUUGCAGAAACAUGUACACUUUGUGAGGAACCCCAAAAACAAACAAAUAUUACUAUGUCCACUGUAGUAAACAAGCUAAAAGAUCGCAGAUUUCAAAUUUUUCUAAAGGAACCAACAAACAGAGAAGUGCUUGGCACCACAAAAUCAAAGAUUUCUGACACAAGAUUCAAAUCUGAGGGUGACACCACACAACCCUCUCAGUCCAACUCAAGUACAAAAUCGGAGGAGGGGCCCUCUCAGUCCAACUCAAGUGCAAAAUCGGAGGAGGGGCCCUCUGUGGGAAAUAUGACACAGGAGCGACAGGAAAUACAGGCAAAUAAGAAACAAAAAUACAUUCCCAUGCCAGAUUCUAGGGAAAUUCAUCAGAUCUUAUGCGACCAGUUUAAACGUUUACAAGAUCACAUGAAGAGUAGGUAUCCACAGGAGAAAUCUGAGUCUGAAGUGAUAGAGUUGAUGAGGGAGGAAUUUGGUAAGAAACCGGAGAGUUUUACUGAAGUGUACAGGUUAACAGAGCUGGCAGAAGUGACCACCUCAGUCUGUAAGGUCGAGCACGAAUUCAUCGAAGGAACAGGUUUCCUGCUGUUCGAUAACUUCAUCCUGACAAAUGGUCAUUUGUUCAAGGAUGAAGGUGUACUUCAGGGAAAGAGACUGUCGGUUCCCACAACUGUCACGUUUAAUUUUGACAACCCACUUGGAUCAGGUCAGUGGAAGGUAAAUGUUAAACCAGAAGUGGUUGCCCUCCAAUAUGGAGUUGAUAGGUGGAGGCGUCAGGUUGACUAUGCCAUACUGGAGUUGAGUACCCCAUUAAAAGGCUAUAAGUUGCCUCCAGGUGUCCUUCAGAAGUAUGGCCCAGUCCCUCAGACAGGUGGGAUCUACAUCGUUGGCCAUCCAGAUGGAGGCGUUAAAAGAUGGACUCCACGACCAUAA